AUACGUCAAACGACCAAGCAGGAAAGAAGCAAAUGUCAUGUCAGACAGUCAGUCAUUGAGUUCAGUCAGUUACUUGUCUCGUCUUUUUUGCUUGUUUUUAAGUUUCGUACUCUGUCGUGUGUAAUCGCUCUGUGGUGAUCAAACAAUUAUUUUCAAACUUCUAAGAAUAUGCAAACCCAUGUAUCAACAAGACUCGUCUAUUCUUUUCGUGAUAUUCGAAAAUAUUUGAGUUAGUGAAGUGUGAAUCUGUGAACGGAUGACUUCCUACCAUAUGUUUGAUUUCGUACGGCACAUUAUCCCUAAUUCAGUAACAACAUAUACGUCUAAACACGGUGUGACGAUACAACACUUUUAAAUGAAAGGUAAAAGUGGGGUAAACUCCGUUCAAAUGAAUAAAAAUGUCAACAGAAGGCAGUGGAGAGACACCUUCUACUGUGCCAUGUUUACCCGGGGCUCCAGAGCAGACUUACCUGUUUCCAAAACCGAAAGGUCACUCGAGAUCUGUAAGUCAUGGAGGCACUCCAAUGCUCGCGGGGAAUCCCACCGCUCCGAGACCAUCACUCAAAUCAGCGAUGCGCGGCCACCAGCGCGCUCUGUCCCAUGGACAGAUCGGCGAGGGCGGGCGGCCCACCAGCGGCCCCGGCCACAGCCGAGCCGGCAGCCGCACAGACUUCAUCCUGCCGCCAGGACACCGCGACCCGCCGCCACCCACCACACAGCCGCGCCAUGGCUCCGUGCGGAUGCACUCCCGGCAGGCGUCGCGCUCCGACUCCAUCUACACCAUCCGACGCACGUCUGUCGUCAGCCCCUGGAGGCGAGCGGCCUUCUGGCUGCUGCGGCGCCAGCAGCCCACUGUUGAUACUCGGCACCUCAUCAUCACUCCCAACCACUUGGUGCCAGACAAAACGCCUCUCAAAGAUCAUCCUAACGGGAAAAGAUGCGACAAUAAAAUUAGGACUACAAAAUAUACCUUAUUAUCAUUUUUACCCAAGAAUUUAUUUGAACAAUUCCACAGAAUUGCAAAUGUGUACUUUAUAUUCAUAGUGUUGUUGAACUGGGUGCCUGCGAUCAGUGCGUUCGGUAAAGAAGUGGCCAUGUUGCCAGUGUUGUUUGUACUCGGUGUGACGGCCAUCAAGGACUUAUUUGAAGACAGAAGGAGAAAUAAUUCUGAUAAUAGAAUAAACAACUCGUUCUGCAGAGUCUUCAAAAAAUCAGCGGAGCGGUAUGUUAGAGUGAAAUGGCGAGAUGUGCGCGUUGGGGAUCUAGUCCACCUGUCGAACAAUGAGCCGGUGCCCGCAGACAUGGUGCUGCUGCACUCCUCCAACCCCCUCGGGAUCUGCUACCUCGACACCUGCAACCUCGACGGGGAGACCAACCUUAAACAGAGGCUGGUCGUCCCCGGCUUCAAGGAAAAGCAUUCAGAAUUCAGCCCGAUAAAGUUCAGAAGUUCUGUUGAGGUAGAGAGACCAUCCACAAAAAUAUACAGAUUCACGGGCUGUAUCUCACACCCAAACGGGGCGCGAGUGCCGCUCACCUCGGAGAACCUCCUGCUGCGGGAUUGUACCAUCAAGAACACGGACUAUGUGGAGGGCAUCGUGGUGUACGCGGGCCACGAGACCAAAGCGAUGCUCAACAACGGAGGACCAAGAUAUAAGUGUUCAAGUUUAGAGAAAAAAAUGAACACAGAUGUGAUAUGGUGUGUCUUAGUGUUAUUAUUUCUUUGUUGCGCCGGCGCAGUCGGUUGCAAGAUGUGGUUGGACCAAUAUUACGUUAACAUGUACAAGUAUACCCCGUUUAUAACGAAUGUGAACAAACCCGCGUUCGAGGGGCUGCUCAUAUUCUGGACGUACAUCAUCACGAUGCAGGUGAUGAUCCCUGUCUCGCUGUACGUCACGAUAGAGAUGACGAAGCUGCUGCAGGUGUACCACAUACACAACGACAUACAGAUGUACGACCCGGAGACGAACACGCGGACGGAGUGUCGAGCGCUGAACAUAACGGAGGAGUUGGGGCAGGUCGCGUACUUGUUCAGCGACAAGACGGGCACGCUCACUGAGAACAAGAUGUUGUUUCGCCGGUGCGCGGUCAACGGCGUGGACUACGACCACCCGCCCGGCCCGCCCGCGGAGCCCUCGCCCGAGCUGCCGCCCAUCGUCACCCCCAUCACUAAAGUCUCUCCGAACAGACGGAUGCUACAACACCUAACCGACAACAAUGACGCUCAACACACGCAGAAGGUCCGCGAGUUCCUGUUAAUCCUGGCUGCCUGCAACACGGUGGUGGUCAGCCAGCCGCACAUUGACACGAUGCAGAUGAGCGCCUCCAACUCUGGCGAACAGAUCUCCACGGGGAAAGCUUCCCGGUCGAACGGAACACUACGAUCUAACGACAAAUACGCUCGACUAACGGAGUCUAGAUCGACGACUCCGUCACCGCCGCCUUCCACCGGCUCCCCCCUCAGGCUGCGGCUGCCGAGGCUCAUACUGGGCAGCAAGGACGAAGGCAGCCCUCCCAGCACCUCCGUCGAUCACUCCUCCAUCAUCCGCUACGAAGCCGAGAGUCCAGACGAGCUGGCGCUGGCUGAAGCGGCUCUUGCCUACGGGUACGAGUUGCGGAACAGGUCGCCGGACGAGGUGGAGCUGGGCAUCCGAGGGGAGCUGACCAAGAUGAAGGUGCUUAGGGUGCAGCAGUUCGAUGCCACCAGGAAGUGCAUGUCCGUCGCCAUGAGGACCUCUAAUGGACAGGUAGUGAUAUACGUGAAAGGCGCGGACACAACGGUUUUAGGCGCCUUAGCUCCGAUGCGCGCCGGCUCAGCUGAGCUGGCCGCUUACGAUAGAACCCGGACGCUUCUCUCGGAGUACUCCCGCGCGGGUCUACGUACGCUGGUGAUGGCCAAACGGACGAUGCAACCCGCUUUGUGGGAAGAAUGGCUAGCCGGGCAUAAUCGUGCCAUGGAAUUUGGUGAAGGUAGAGAAAAACGCAUCCGAGAAUCUCUAGCCCGGUUAGAAAGCGCGCUGACAUUGGUGGGAGCGACAGGCGUAGAGGACAGACUUCAGCAGGACGUGCCGCGCACUGUCCGGGCUCUGCUGGACGCCGGCAUCGUGGUCUGGGUGCUGACGGGAGACAAACCUGAAACCGCCAUCAACAUCGCGUACUCGGCCGCCUUGUUCUCCCAGGGAGAUCGGUUGCUGCAUCUCAUGUCUAGGGAUAAGGAGCACGCGGAGUCGACGAUAAAGAACUACCUGGAGGGCAGCGGCACGGCGGCCGAGCUGGGCACGCGCGCGCUGGUCGUGGACGGCCGCACGCUCACCUACAUCCUCGACCGCCGCUCGGGGCUCGUCGCGCCCUUCCUCUCGCUGGCGCGGCGCUGCUCCGCCGUGCUCUGCUGCCGCGCCACGCCGCUGCAGAAGGCUUACAUCGUCAAGGCGGUGAAGGAGGAGUUGGGUGUGACAACACUAGCGAUAGGGGACGGAGCCAACGACGUCUCCAUGAUACAGACAGCUGAUGUCGGUGUCGGUAUAUCGGGACAAGAAGGCAUGCAAGCAGUGAUGGCGUCGGACUUCGCGGUGUCUCGGUUUCGGUUCAUCGAGCGCCUGCUACUGGUCCACGGCCACUGGUGCUACGACCGCCUCGCCAGGAUGAUACUCUACUUCUUCCUUAAAAAUGCUUCGUUUGUGUUCCUAGUAUUCUGGUUCCAGCUGUACUGCGGGUUCUCGUCGAUGGUGAUGAUCGACCAGGUCCAUCUCAUGACAUACAACCUCAUGUUCACCGCGCUACCGCCCAUUGUUAUUGGCGCGUACGACCGCGUGGCCCCGGCGGCGCUGCUAACAGAACGUCCGGGGCUGUACAGUACGUCGCGGCGCGGGCUGGCGUACCGGCCGCACUCGUUCUGGGCCGUGCUGGCCGAGAGCCUGUACAUCAGCGUCGUGCUCUUCUUCACCAACACCUUCGCCUACUGGGACACCACCGUGGACCUCUGGGCCUUCGGGGUCUGCUGCAUGACCUGCUGCCUCGUCGUCAUGUUGCUCUACGUCGCCAUCGAAACCAGAAGCUGGACGGUGAUCCAUGUACUGGCACUGACGGGGUCCCUGUUGUCGUUCUUCAUCCUGACGCUGGCGUACCAGUCCAUCGGCGUCAGCGUCCUCAACCUGCCGCUGACGUACCACGUCCUGCACAACGCCAUCACGCAGCCCGUCUACUGGCUCGUACUCAUCCUCACCACCGUCGCCGCGCUCGCGCCCAGGAUGGCGUACCACGGCAUCCGCAACUCGGUGCACCCCGGGUCGCUGGGCCGCGCGGUGGCGGCGCGGCGCCGGAACCGAUCCUACGCCGCGCACUACCGCUCCGCGCCCCCGCACGCCACGCUCUACCGGGCGAGAGACGAGGAUGGGCUGCAGAAACCGCAGACGGAGGUGGCGGCCAUUACGUGAGCUCCCCCCCCCCCCCAUUACCUCCACUGUUACACUGAACCUAGGCUGUGAUCUGUCGAUAGACCUAUUGUAAUUACAAGUUUAGAUAUAUUGUGCUUUUAUACUGCAACGCGGGACCAACGCCCCUCGCCCGGCGCCCUGAUAGCGAGCAUUUAUCUCUCGGCUCACUUCCUGCAACUCGAGUGAUGUAUCCCUCACAUAGUGCAACAAUAGUUCCCCCCCGAGCCGAGAACGUUAAUUAUUAUUAAUUAUAACACGAAUUGAAUCUGAAUUCUAAACACAUUUUGUUCUUUGUAAAUAUUUCAUCGCAAGUGUUCAAAACUUUAACGUAUAACCUACCAUAUCAUCGAAAUUACUUCCGAUGUUGUUAGUUACCAUAUAUGUAUAACAUUUAUUUGUGUAGUAUUUAUAGUACAUAGUACUUACGCCGCUCGCGCGGUAUCUCAUAGAUCUGCCAAUGUUGGGUACGCGGGCGGUAGUGAGGCCAUACUUACUACAGAUUCAAUAACCUACUAUCUCGUACAUUUAUCUUCUAAAAAUAUAAUUUUACUCCAUACUGAAUGUCCUAAAGUUCUAUUUCUAGAACGCAAAUCUACAGUUAGAUGGGUUAUUGAAAUUCCAUAACUUGCCUUGGCCUCACCACCGUCGAGCGUACCAAUUGUUAAUUUUAAUCAGUAUUUUUGCAUCUUUACGUGACCAUGGAUUUAGAAUCGAUAACACGUUUUGUACAAUGUUGUAGUUACGUCAUAAAGUAUUAAAUGUCGAGCAGAUGGGAUACGUACUUAAGCGCAUACGCGUCCAAGUACCUAUUGCGAGUUUAUUUGACGCUAACGCAAUCGAAACUGCGUUCAGCCUUCUGAUUGGUUGGUUAUCUCGGAGCGGGCCAAUCAGAACGCCGAACGUCAUAAACGUGUUGAUCGUUGAAAAUAACCUCGCACUAGGCACUCAGUACCUCUAACAUGAGUUUAUAGCAAUAGUUUUGUCGAUACUCGAUAGCGAAGGCGUAAUUUGUAUGGCAAAUUUUAGUUCCAUAGGUGACCGGUAGAGUAGCAAAAUUGGACAUACACACAUAAAAAAUUACCUCAUCGCUAUCGACUAUCGACAAAUACUAUCGCUUCAAACUCAUUGUAGAAGUUCAAGUCUGCUCGAUCCAUUAUAUUAUUAUUGUAUACACUGCCUCCAAGGAUAUGUUACGGUUCUAAAUCCAUGACGAGAAAUGUCUCGUGGACAUAGCGAAUAAAUAUAAACGUGAAACUUUGAUCUACUCGAAUUUGAACCCUAUAUGGCUUUGUGUUGACCGACCUAUACGUUAAGCUGCUUAUCGGUUUAAGCAAAAAUUUUUCGAAAAAUAUUAGUUGUUAUAUCUCUGUGUACCCAUGUGACUAUGUUGUCUAAUGGUUAGUGGGUUUGCGUUUGUGUGAAUACAUUUUAAUAUAUUUAAUGUGCUUUAAAUAUAGUAAAUAUGUGAUUUAACAAUAUUUACCUCGGACCAAGUACCCCACACUAUUCUACUGAGAGUUUUAUUGCAUUAAGUGCAUUUUUCAAUCUAUUUUGCUAUAAGAUUACAAAUACAUAAUGUCAAUUUCAUUUUUAAAUUUUACUAUAACCAUCUUGAGUCUGCUCACACAAACGCAAACUAAGGGUCUACAUACUUAAAGUUUACGUAAUCGUUUCGUGUAUCAAAAGUAAAAUAAUGAUAAUUAUGUUAACGUAUUUUGAACACGAAGCGAUAACGUAAUGACGCUAGCACAUCAAGCUUCAAUAGAAUUUCAACUUCAUUGUUAAGUAAUAAGUGCGAAAUUCUAUUGAAGAACACUUUGAUGACGUAGUUUCUAUGUAGAUGUGAAAAUAAUUCCAAAACCCGCAUCAUAUACUUGUUAAAAGUAACUAACAAGGGUAAUUAGGACUUGAAAGUAGUUAGCUUAAUAUAUGUUGAAGUAAUACACGUGACUGUUCGUAUGUCUGUCUGUCUAUAUACUGUGUACCGAGUGACCAGCGAUACGAUUGUGAUUGUUGAUGAAAUCUUGUAUUUUAGUAGGUUACUAGUGUGUGAUAACGGUUGACUUCCUUCUCAGAAAUAUUUAUAUUUAUUUAUAGAGAAACGCUGCCUUGCCUGAGACUGCACCCGGUAUUGGGGCACUUUAUCGCGGGUUCGCACCCGGCCGACGCACGCUCACGUUCAAACGUCCUCGCGGACUUACUAGUCUACGCUUGCACUACACUCUUGUAUAAUAUUAAAAAAAAUCACUAAACACCAGCCAUGGUCAAUAUCCCAAUAAAUAAAAAAGGCUAUAUCAUAUACGGGUUGUUUCUCAGUGUGACUUUAUUACUCCUACUUCUACUUUUAACUAUUUCUCUGACACGAACAUUUUUUUUAUCUUUUCAAAUAACUAUUUAUAACAAUUUUGUCCGCAUUACACUGAGAAACAACCUGUGUAAUGAUAUUUUCAUAAGAUUUUUUUAUUUGACGACGCCAAUUGAGUUUGGUGGUUUCAUUUAACGUUUGCUCCAAUGAUUUUAUUUGAUUAUGCAAUUAGUGUUAAAAAUUCAAUUAUGUAAAGACCUCUUGAUUAUAUAUCUUCAUCAGCCUGUUCUCGUCCAGUACUGGACAUAGGCCUCUCCAAUGGCACAUAAUAAUAGAUUAUGUAUCUUGUUGAUCUUAAUAACUCCUAUUAAAUAAUUCCAUGAGCUAUGUGCUGGUGAAUAGUGAAGAAAUAAGUAAAGAGUGUGACAUAUAACGCAAGUAAAUUAGAACAAGUGCCUCGACCGUGGCUCGGCCGGGUGUGACGCGCCAACCUCGUGACUAGAUGAUUCCUAAAGAUUUAAAAAACUAUUUUUACUAUCGUUUCUAGUUUUGUACAUAGAAACAAAUUAUAUUUCUAUAUGAAUGAGAUGAUUGUUACGUGUACAGUAGGAUAUUUUUAUAUGAAACAAAUGUUUGUGUAAAUAACUUGUAUGUUCUAAGACUGUUGUUUAUUUUAGAGCUUUUAGUUCGUUCACUUAAAUUAAACUAAUGUAAUAGGGUAUUCUGAUGAACACAUGUAUUUUCCAGUCAUUAUGUUCCCUAGCUGUCUGUCUGGUGUUUGUUCUUGCCAUUGAAUAACUGUUUAGUACAAUUUCUUUGUAGUUAGUUGAUGAGUUUCUUUUCUCUUCUAAAAUAUUCAAUCUUUGUUAAUAAGGACCUGUUUUACUGUCUGAGUGUGUAACUAUGUCUCAAAUAAGUUUUGCGAUACAAGUUAUUACUGUUCGGAUGUAGUGAAAUGCGUUAUAAAAUAAAAGUUUACUAGUCUUAUCAACGAAAUGUUAAAAGUGUAUUAUCUUUACGAAAAUUAAUCUUCCAUUAAAUUAUUGAAGGCAUUCUAUCGACGUUGUUACGAAACUAAUUACGAGAUUGGAAUAAAUAAUGAAGUAUUGACGUUGACGCUGCGUUAACGUUGCGUUAGUAUUAUUAGCAACGUUUACGCAGCGUUUGCUUUGUAAAUAAUAAACAUACUUACCAAAAUGUCUGUGUCGUAAUUAGUUUCCUAAUUGUCAGCAUUUAUUCUGUUGCUUAUUCCAUUAUAUUGUAAUCAUGUUGUUUCUUACUUAUACUUAUUGUGCAUUUAGUUUUGUGAUAUUAUCGAAACUAUAUGUUUUAUAGUCGACUAUCCACAAGUAUGCACGACAAUGACUAGAAAAUACAUCAUAUAGAUGUGUUGUUUUAUAAUAAUAACAAAUUAUUUAAUUUCAUUACAAA